AUGAAUAUGGACGAGAACUUAGACUUGGACAUUCUGGUAGAUUCGUUGAAUUUAACUGGUCAACGACAGCCAUCAGUAUUGUCAGAUCUAUCCGAUUCUUUGCUUAAUGAUCAGAUUCUUGGUGGAUUUGUCUUUCCCGACGACUACCUCGCAUCAAAUUCAACUAUACAUAACACUGAUGAUAUAAGCAAUGCUCUUAUUGAUCUACCGAUGGAUCAAUUUCCUAUUUACGACUCGGUCAUCACUCAUGAACCUGCAUCACCCUGUGACAAUGAAGACAUAAGUAAAUUCAUAUCAUCAAUAUCAUUUCAAGAAAUACCAAGACAAAGUAUAAUAGAAGAUACCAUGGAAAGAAUGACUUUAACUUCAUCACAAACAGAUAUUUUAUCAUCACCAAGUUCUGUUCAAAUUGGCAGUUCACCAAUUGAACAAAAAGAAAUCGAUAUGUCAAUUCUUACAACACAAUAUAUUCAACAACAACACCGCAUCCUUAAAAGUUCAUCAAAACCUAAAAGAAGUUCCAAGAAUCAACAAUCUUCAUCGAGUGUUGCUCCCAUUGAUAUUCUUUCAAGUUAUGGUGGAUGUCAACCGUGUACUACAGAACAAAUGUAUAGUGAUUUUGAAUAUCAACAGAUCCUUCAAUUCGAUUCAAUGGAAUCAAAACAAAUUGAAUUAAAAUCUCAGCCACGUUCAAAAUUCCGUCCACGCACACAAAAUGAAAGUAGGAGUGCAUCACAUUAUAUUCGAUGUGCAGUACAUGAUCAAUAUGAAUAUCCAACAAUUUAUAUACCUCGCAUAUGGGCACAGCAAUCGGUUAAAAAUAUAAUUGAAGUUACUCUUGUUGGAAUAGAUGGACAAUCACAUCCAUAUACAAUUGAUAAUAAAACUUGCAGCAAUUCAUUCGAUGAUGCUGCAUUGAUCUUUAGACAAAAUGAACCUAAUACAUUAUAUUUUUGUGUAACCAAUGAAGAUUUUAAGAACGAAUAUAAAACUUUUAUGAUUGAAUAUAUCAAAAGUAAACAAGAUGAUAAUAUAACAAAAGAUUUAAUUAAAACACGACAACUUGAUCAAUCAAGACUUCGCUUUACACGCAUAUAUCAAGCUGAAAAAGAUACAUAUCAACGAGAUGAAGCUAGUAUCGCAUAUUCUUGUGUAAUGAGUGAAGCUUAUGGUGAUGUUGGUGUUGAACAUAUGGGUCCAGCAUAUGGACCAAUGGGUGGCAAUGAAAGAGUAUAUACUCUUCUUAAAGGUCGUAUUAUGAAAGAUGAUAUAACUAUACUGAUAACAGAAAACCGAACUGGUUGGCAUCAAUCAUUGCCGUUUACAAAAAACGGAAACCUUGUUUUUUUUUCAAUGCCUCCUUAUCCAUUUCCACGAAGUGAUCAAGCUGUAGCAAGUAUUACUGUAUAUUAUAAGGGAGAAGAAAUUUAUCAAUCAUCUUAUUUAUAUAAAGCAUCAUUAGAUCAAGCAUUAGCUGAACUUAGUAUAAGUGAUUCAACUUCAACUGUUAAUGAUUCAUUGGCAUCCGAUGCUUUUAAUUUCUUUUCAGCUACCGGUGCAUGUCCAGUUCGAAUUUCAUCUAGAAAAUCAUCAACAGCAAAACCUGCAAAACGUUUAAAUAAAAAAUAG